AUGGAGGGUCAGGAGCUGCCUUAUGUGCUCAUUGACUGUAUAGGAGGGAAGCAUGGAGUGUAUGAAGACCACAUUGAAUUUCUGGAGAAACAUUUUCAUCUCAUCACCAUGAAAGAAUAUCUUGAAAACAAGAAAUUUCUCAGUGAAAAGAUCAGAGCUAUUUAUAUGUGGUAUCACAAACCAGUUAUUAAUGAAGAGCUGCUCCAGAGCUUGCCUAACUUGAAGAUAGUUGCAAGCUCUGGAGUGGGAAUAGAUCACUUGGACCUGCACCUCCUCUCCAGCUAUGGUGUGAAGGUGGCCAACACUCCGUUUGCUGUUUCCACUGACACUGCAGACUUUGGGAUGGCUUUGAUGCUGGCAUCUUCCAGGAGACUUGUGGAAGGCUAUCAGAUGGCAGUCUCCCCCAACACAGAGUAUUUCCCUGCGGACUGGCUGGGGGCUGAGGUUUCUGGGGCGACCCUGGGGAUUGUGGGGAUGGGAACCAUUGGAUACAAAGUGGCCCAGAGAGCCAAAGCCUUUGAGAUGAAGAUUUUGUACCACAACAGGAAUCGGAGAAACAAGGAAGAAGAAAGUGCUGUUGGAGCUGUUUACUGCAAGAAGAUAGAUGAUUUGCUCCAGCAGUCAGAUUUUGUGUUGCUGUCUGUGACCCUGACUCCACAGACACACAAGCUGAUUGGGAAGAGGGAGCUGGAGCUGAUGAAACCGACAGCUACUCUCAUAAAUAUCAGCAGAGGUCUGGUUGUGGAUCAGGAUGCUUUGGUGGAAGCCCUUCAAAACAAAGUUAUUAAGGCAGCUGCUCUGGAUGUGACAUAUCCUGAACCUUUGCCAAGGGAUCACCCCUUAUUAAAGCUGAAAAAUAUUAUAAUAACUCCUCACAUUGGAAGUGCCACCAAAAAGACACGCCGCCUGAUGAUGGAAAACAUGACAGAAAGCAUACAAGCAGGUCUUACAGGUGUUCCUAUCCCUAAUGAAGUAUUACUGUAAAGUGGCCUGUAUUUAAUGUUAAUGUCAUUAGUGUUUGUCCUGGUGUGAGGAAACAGUAGUUUGAUCACUCUUCAUGUAAUUAUCCCAGGUGUGUAUAUACAGAUAAAAUUUA